UAUACCAUUUCCUCAGGCGAUUUUAGAAAACAUAAGCUGGAAAAUUGCUAAAAUCUUCUCUUUGCGGUGAUGUCAGACCAAUGUUCAGAGUUCUGUCAGCGAUCCCAGCGAUCCUGUAUCGGUGUGAUGUGGUCAGUAGUACUUAGAUAUACCGGCUCCUGGUAAACUAUCGAUAGUGACAUCAACGAUCUCACAACUCUAGAGGAUGACACGUUUUUAGCGUUCUUAGUGAAACAGAAAUGGUUUCAAUGUUUUUAGUAGACAAGGCAGGCAACCAGGAUUUUAAUGACGAGCAAAAGCCCUUCAUUGCAUACAACAGUGAGCUACAGUUGCCAGAAAAGAAAAACGGCAGCAUUGGUAUAGACCAGCAGGCAGCCGAAGUGGGAUUUUUUGGCUUAAGACUAAACUGUAAGGAAGUGCAUAAUAUUGUAAGUCCUGUGACUGACACAAUUAAAACGGCGUCACAGGUUAGCAGGCACUUAGACGCGCUAGCCGAAAAAUUUGAAAAGGCAGUAGAAAACUCCGGAAAAUCAAAUUUCGUGAACCGGAAGAGGGUCUCAUUGCUUGACAACAGUAAUGGCACGGACAUGGUCAUGCGACGGGAAAACGUGGAAAGCAGCAUGAAAGUUUCGAGGCGGUCGCUGAAUCCAGAUCUAGACCAGAGCAAAGCACUUAUUAAUGUGGGAAAGAGGCAGCAACUUAUCCUGAACAGAGCUGAACGCGCAAAAACCAAGGGGAGCGGAUGGUUUCAUUUGCCCGCCACAGAAGUCACCGAAAAAAUGCGAAAUGAUCUUAAAAUCAUUCAGAUGCGAUCGGUUCUCAACCCCAGACAAUUUUACAAGAAAAACGACUUAAAAAUUCUGCCAAAGUAUUUUCAAGUUGGAACUGUUACGCAAACGGUUUCAAACACCUUUAAGGAACAAAAGGCAACGAAAACCAAGUCUAUAGUUGAUGAGCUGUUGGAAGACGAAAGCUUUCAAAAGUUCAACAAGAAGAAAUAUAGUGAGGUGAUUCAACGCAAAGACGAAUACAAAUCAUACAAAAAAAAAAAAGGAAACUAAAUAUUUGAUUAACCAUUUAACUUCGUUUUAAAAUACAAAUCUGCCUGUUAAAAUACGAACACUAAAGAAUUUUUACAUACCCAUGGGGAGCUGAUCAAAAAGAAAA